UAAAAGAAACUCCACAACCUCACGCCUUUACACUAUAGUACAAAAGCCUCAAAAUUCUCAAGCCCUUCAUUUCAUUCUUGUUUUUCACACCCUUCUUCCUCUUGAAAUGGCUCAGAAGGUUGUGUUAAAGGUUUUGACUAUGACUGAUGACAAAACAAAACAGAAAGCUAUUGAAGCAGCUGCAGAUAUCUAUGGGGUUGAUUCAAUUGUUGCAGAUAUGAAGGAUCAAAAGUUGACAGUGAUUGGUCAAAUGGACACAGUGAAAAUUGUGAAGAAGCUGAAGAAAGUUGGGAAGGUAGAUAUAGUAUCAGUUGGACCUGCCAAGGAAGAGAAGAAAGAAGAAAAGAAAGAAGAAAAAAAGGAAGAGAAGAAAGAAGAGAAAAAGCCAGAGAAGAAAGAGGAAAAGAAAGAGGAGAAAAAAUAAAGAGAAUGCUUAUCACUGGUUUUUUCAAAUUCUUCCCCUUUUUUUUUUUCUCUGUGUUUUGCAUAUUUUCCUAUUUAUAUUGAGAAGUUACUGUAAGCUGCAAAAAUUGUCCAUAGAUCGAAUCUGUUGCUCACAAUCUUUUUUAAGCAUGGAUCAAUUUCAAUUGCCAUGAUGGAAAUGAGUUAUAAAAGAAUAUCCAAAAAAAAAACUAACCAUUGGAUAGAGAAACUAUGGUAAUUGGUAUGCUUUAAAUUUUUUAUUUUAUAGUAAUAUCGUUUGUCCAAAUGAUUUUAAUCUUCUCUUUAUUGAUUCCAAUAUUUUUUUUUUCAUCUUUUGUUUUAUUAUGUGAAUGGAUCUUAUGACUGGUAAAAAUCGAUGCCUUUUGUUUGUGCUUGUGACUUGUUACAGAAUUUGGGGGUGUGUAAGAGAAUACCAAGAAACUUUUGGUGUCAUGAAAUUCCUCUUAUUCGUUUGUGGGUCAUUUUCUCCUAGUUCAAUGGCACCAAAGUCGAAAAGGUUAGCAGAUCCAUCCUUCCAAAUAAAAGAAUUUAUGUGCAGACGAAAAUGGUUUUCAAUUCAUUCUUGUGAGAGUGAAAGGAGAUGGCUCGGGCCCAAGAUUGUUAGACAAGUACAACAUUUAAGAGAAAAUUACUAUAUAUUAUCAUGGUAGCUCAGUUGGCGCCAGAAAAUUGAGCAGGUGAAUAUGAGAGCAUGUGUUCGAUUCUUCCUAAUACCAAGUCUUAAUUUUGGGACCCGCUCCAAAUCGAAUUAGUCGCGAAGCAAUGAAUCUAUUGAAAUAUCUCCAGAAAAAAAAAUACUAUAGAUAUGAAUUAUAUUGAUUUUUCUUUUUCUUUUUUUAAAAUUA